GCUACUUGACAGUUUGUGUUUUCGUUGUCAAAACAUGGAUGUGAGUAAGAUAAUCGACUCUUUUGUCUGCUUUUGCAUCAUAAGAUGUAGCAUCACCCUCUGUGAACAUUAAAGGAGAACUUUACCUUGCAUUAAAAGCUGGAAAUUGACAUUUAGUGCUUUGUUUUUCCCGAGUAAAAAAAGGUUAAGCCCAUCUUAGCCCACCUACGGAGCUCCUUUUGUCUCCGUGUUGUUUUUAUCAACAUGGACAUGUACGGAUACAGCGGGGUCUUCUUGGUGAGAAGAUUCCUGGAUAGUGGCGUUUCUGAAGUCACAAACAUGUCUGAUAUCAACAAGGCGAAUCCCCACGGCUGCGAUAACGGAGCUCUAACGGACAGAUUCGGAGUCUUGAUCCAGGGACUGCUGGCUAUCGUUGCCUUUAGUACGCUGAUGUUGAAAAGGUUCCGAGAGCCUUCAGGGAUCAGACGACCUUGGAGAAUCUGGUUUUAUGACACAUCAAAGCAGGCCAUCGGUGCUCUUUUCAUCCACUUUGCUAACGUCUUCCUGUCCACGCUCACUGAAGAGGACCCAUGCUCCCUGUAUCUGAUGAACUUCCUGCUGGACGCCACGCUGGGGAUGCUCUUCCUCUGGCUGGCUGUGAAGUUGGUUUCCAAACUGGUGGAGGUCAAGCAGUGGACGCUGCUCAUGUUUGGAGAAUAUGGGGACCCCCCCCAGGCGGCAGCGUGGCUCGGUCAGUGCGGCAUCUACCUGCUCAUCAUGGUGCUGGAGAAAGGGGUGAUCAGCCUCGUGCUGCUCGUCCCAGGAUGGUCCAAACUGCAGGAGGUGUUGCUAGGCUACAUUGCUAGCCCUCAGCUGGAGCUGGUGCUGGUCAUGCUCAUUGUGCCAUUCAUAGUUAACUCCAUCAUGUUCUGGGUGGUGGACAGUCUGAUGAUGAGGAAGUACAAAACGAUGAAGAGCCUGGACGACUCCUGUGAAGUGAAGAAGGGUGACAUGCUGCCCUGGGCCAACAGCGAGGAGUCAAGGGUGCUGCUGAGCGUGGAGACGGACACAGACGAGGCUUCGGAGGGGGAGGAGGACAAUAGCGGACCACUUCCUCACGUGCAGUAUUCUGGAGGACCGCUGAGACCCAGCUGGGUGGUGGUGUAACCCCAGGUGAUGCUAUCCACACACAACACACUCUUAAGAGCCUAAAUAUGAGCAAACCCAAAACAACCCUGGCUUCCUUAACUCCUCAAAGCUCUAAAUAUCAGCUUCCAUGUAAGAGAAGGCACAAUUAAAGGUCGUAUAACCUGUGAAUGGGAAGCCUCAGCUGCCUUCCUCUGCUCUGAGCUUUACUCAGUGUAUGCAUGUACAUCUUAUAGCAUUCUUUGGAAGCUCUUCAUCCUCUCACCUUGCUGCCUCUGUUUGCUGCAAGAGAACAUCUGAGUAACCACAACUGAGCGUGUGUGGAGAGAGAUUAUUAAGGAGGGCAGCGCCGCGGGGAUAAAUGUGCGGGGGGUAAUGACAAAGACUGAAAUAAAUCUAUCUCCACGCUGGGGACUUUUGGGAUUGAUGUUGCCCUAAAGAGAAUAAUUUAUCGUGUAUCAUAUUCCAAAGAGGUGAGCAAAGUAUUCAUAUAUAACAUUUACUCUGUCAAAUAUAAUCACUUUAAUCCACCUUUUUAAUUAAGGCGUGAUUAUAGUCAUUCCGGCGCGCUCUCCCUCUGGCUGUUUACUUUUAGUUUAAAAAAAGAUGGUUAAUAGUUUUAACGAUGAAGCCUAUGAAGCCUAUGUGGUUUUGUGUUUGGGUGCUGCAAUCAUGAAGGACCGAACAUGUUGAAAGCAGUGGUUUUAUGGAAAAACUUAGCCUUAUCCAACAGGUUGCUUUUAAACAUUUUUUAUAUAUGUUGAAGGAAAUGUAAUCAUUUUUAAAAAAGGUUUAAAGGACCAAGUCACACUAUGUGCUGCAUUUAUGUUCAUAUCUGGGAAGAAACCCCCUAUUUCUUUUGAAUAAUGUAGGAACAUUUUGCCAAAAAGCUAGAAAUGUUUUAAAGAAUAAAAAGGAAACAUUGGGAUUAUAAAGUCAUAACUGCACGAGACAAAUGUCAUGAUUCUUUAGGGGAAAUCAUUCUGGAUCUUUCUAGAAUAAUGUUAUAUUUCAGCGUCAGUUCCCUGAAUGUGUGCUUGAGUCUCCUUAAGAGAUGAUGAUUAUUACUCUCAUGUCUGUAAUCAAAAUACGAAGCUACAGCUGAUUAGCUUAGCUUAGCAUACAAACUGGAAUCAGGUGGAAACAGCUAGCCUGGCUCUGUCCAAAGAUAACUAAAUGCAUAUUAAUUCACUACAUCUUGUUUAUCUGUACACUUUCACAAAGAGGUACAUAGGGGAAAGAGAUACAUUGGGGACUAUAUCUUGGCUUUCUGAACUUGCUACGUUUGUAAAGAAGCAGGCUAGCGGUUUUCCACGGUUUACAAUCUUUAUGCUAAGCUAACAAACUUCUGACUGUCACCUCAUUUCUAACUAUCAGAUAUGCCAUAUAGAUGGUGACAGUCUUUGGCAAGAAUGCAAAUAAGCAUAUUUAUUUUAAAAAAUCCUUUUUUUUUUUUUAAAUGUAUGUUAGAAUUUUAUUUUUAAAUCAAACCUAUAACAUUUCCAACUCAUUUCAAAGUAUUCAGACUUUAUUCUUAAAAUCUCAGAUUUCUUUUGCAUUAAGAAUUGCCCUAAUACUUGUAAUGCUCUCAGUGGGAUCAUACUGUAGCUGUGUAUUAAACUUUUGCAAAUGAUUGCACAUUUAUUAGAUUUAUUCUGUUUAUAUUUUGUAUGUAUUUUACAGUAAAUUGUGGUUUGACAUGUGGUAACAACAUUGAACGUUUUUUUGUGAAUAUCAGAAAUGGUAGUAUUUUAAAAGGUGGAAAAAUAAUUCUCCUGAACACAUUUACGUCUUAAAAGCCAAAAGGUAUGACAUACUUUGGCUGAAUGUUUUAUUUUGUAUUCCAUUGUACCUUGUGUAUGUUUUGUAAUAAACCAAAUGAUGAACAUGUGUAUGAAAAGGCACGCCCUGUCAAUAACAGAAAGUGCUGAAUGAAUCUCUUUAAUCUGCUCUGUGAAUAAAGAUGAUUGACACAUGA